AUGCAAAGUCAACCAAUACUCUCACAGGAGACGGGUAACGGAUCCUCAUCGAGAAACCAGUUUUGUUUGGUACGUGAAGAUGGAUUAUAUAGACAUCCGAAGAACUGCGCUAAUAUCAUACAGUGUUUCGGUGGAGAGCAAUUCGAGUACGAGUCAUGUUCUCGUGGACUGGUGUUCAAUGAAGUGUCUGGUGGAUGCGAUUACAGAGCGAACGUACCGGAUUGUGCCAACUAUAGUGCUGCUACUGCCACUGCAGGGCCGUCAUCGGAUAACACUGCUACAGAAGGUAACAUUUUUGUGUUCUGUUUUGAAAUCACUCAAAUGGCAAAUUGCAAUUGA